AACGGCUCCCUGCCCAACGGGACGGUUGUGAGCGGCACCUCCCUGUCCUUUGAGCGGCCGCUAGUGGAGUCAGACUCUGGGUCGUUCUCCUGCUGGGCCAAUAACUCUGUGGGCUGGGGCGAGGCGGUGGUUAUCAUUACCAUCCGGACAGGUGGUGGCGCCGGUGUUGAGCCCUGGAUCAUAGCUGUCGCCGUCAUUGUGCCACUAUUGGUUUUGGCUGCAGUGGCUGCAUUAGUCUUUUUAUUCUGCAAGAAGAAGGGGACUCAAGCAAUGAAGAAGCGAAAACAUGGCCAGGACGCUCCAGUAGGUUCCGCACACCAACUGAACGACCACGCUAACAAUGACGUGGAGACCCAUGGAGCCCAGCCACAUGGAAAAGGAGCGCCCAUUGGGCAACACAUCCCCAGUGAGAAUAAAACAACAGAGUAUGCGGAGAUUACAAUGCCUCCUCCCGGUAAAGACAAUUUCACCGACGGAGGGCUGAACGGCAAACCGAAUCGUGGCUACGAAGACAACCCUGCCGGCAGUGGUGGAAAACAGUCACCACAAGCUGCUCCGGCGACGAUUUACGCUGAACUCAAUAAAGAGAACUUGGCUAAGAAACGUCCAGUUGGAUCCACAUCACCUGGCAAACCUACAAGUAGUGGAAAACAGCCACCACAAGCUGCUCCGGCACCGAUUUAUUCUCAAGUCAAUAAAGAGAAACCGGCUAAGAAAAGUCAAUUUGGAUCCACAUCAGCUGACAAACCUACAAGUUCAAACCUCCAAGCAGAAGAUAAUUACGCAAAUGUGCAACAGGGAGCUUCACAGCUCAUAGGAUUGCCGAAGCCAAACGUACCUCCAAAGCCGAGGAAGGAUUCCCAGAAUAACAACUAUUGAAGUGAGACUCAAGAAAGUGAAAUUGAGCCACCCGCGGGACGUGAUGAAUGGACACGAAAAGACAAGAUCUAAGAAGACAAGGUCUCUCACCUGUGUCUCAAUGGCCAGGGGAAUAAGCACUCAGCCAGCACCGCUUAGGAUCUGGGUUAAAUCCCUAGGACAAGCGUUUCUCCUCCCAUCUCGGGGUUUAAAAUGGCCGGGUCAGCGCAGUAUGCUAGCGCCGAUUAGAGUUUGGUUUCUGUGAUUUUUUUGUGUUGAUGAUUUUAUACAAUGUAAUGUCAAGUUUUCAUGAAGUCGCGAUUGUUAUGUGGUCACUUCCCCAUAACUUUGUAACCGUGUUGUGAAUUGUUUAUUGCGUUUUUUUGUGUAAUUCUACUGCACCUCCAGUGUGAAAUUAAGCAAACUUUGAAAUGUUCUUCAUCUGUGCGAGCUCGAUAUAAGCCCAUCGUGAUAAUUCAUUUAAACUUAACAUGCCCCCGAAAUCACAAAGCGUAUCUCAUCUCAGGCAUUCGAAGGAACCGCCACUCCCCCACCUCCCGCAGUUCCAGCUGUCCCUGUGUCGCAUUCAUUUUUGUAUUCAGUCUGCGCGUGGAAGAGCAGGCCAAAUAUCCGCUGCUGGUGGUCUCAAGUGGAGGCUCUUCCGCCAGCAGUGACGUGAGCAGCAAUUGCAGGGCUGCUCCUUUAGCCACUGUUUUUGACCCAGGUCGCCCUUGCAAAUUGGGACUAAUCUGGUCUCUUGAGUUCCCACCUGGUUAAACCAAAUCCACUCUACUCCUUCGCUCACCAUCUCACUCAUUCACUCACUAACUCAUUCACUCACUCACUGAGCAUCUCACUCGCUCGUGUAAAUGAUAAUAACCCUACAACACGUAUUAUGACGCACUUGCUGCCAGUUGUAAAAGAAUAGCGAAACAAUUACAAUUAAAUGCACUAUUAAUGUAAUGCACAUAUGACCGCCAAUCAUUUCCAUUACUCCCGAAAAUGUUUUGCGAAAGUGCUAAUCUCACGAGCGUUCUAUUUCUGACACAGCCAUUGAAGCCAGAAUGUGAGAGGUUCCUACAUGUUCUUGACACCGCCAUUAUGAACACUCUGAGAAAAAGUUAAAUACAUUGUGUGACCCAGGGCUUCAAUCUAAAAUCUCGCUAUGUCCGGCAUGACCAUUAUGAACCUAUGGGCGCCACGGUGGCGAGAUGUUAACGGCCUCGCCUGGUAUGCAGGAGGUCGUGGGUUCGACCCCGACCCUGACGCCUGCUGUAUAUUUGGAGGUUGCGUGUUUUUCUCCGGGUCCUACGCCCCCCCCCCACCCUCAAAUUUCGAAUCAACAUCAUGCGUUCAGAGUAUUUGGCUGCAAUAAAUUUCCACGUGAUGAGCCACUUCAUUGGGCUUCUGAAAAAGAGCUACAGAACUCAGUGGGCCUUACCUGGAAAAAUAGGAAGUAGUUUUAUUUUUUAUUUAAGCCUUAGAUCUUAGGUCAUGAAGGCUUACGUCGAUGAGUGACUGAGAUUUUUUUUUUCUCCCAAACUCUGGAACUCGUUCCCCAUGAGAUUUCAGGAUCUCAUUUAGUCCAUGGACAUUUUUAAAACAUGUCUUUGAAAAAUUGCCCUGAGCAUUCAUUGUGUUAAGUGUUUUUAGUUUUCGGGAGUAUUUUUAUGCCGCGUGUCCACAUCUCUGUGUCCUGAACAGAGUUUUUAAAUCAUUGAUGGGGGGCACUAUAUACAUCGAAUAUAUUAUUAUUAUUAAGCUCUGCUUGACAGGUCCUCAGUACAAGCUGGGGCUGGCAUUGGCACUGAUGUUAUUAUCCACGACUGCAAAUAGAACUUCGGAUCAUUCGGAUCACGGCGCAAAGCGCACCCACUGCUUCCCACUCGGAGAAAAAAAUUAUGAUGGCACCGUGGCACUUGUGACAGGCUAGCUGCACUUUGAAGGCCACGAGGAGGUCAUGGGUAUUGGGGCCCAGUGAUGUGGAUUUCUUGAUCGAGAUGACUGGCAGAUGGCACCACCGCCUGUGCUCCCCCCAGACUGUGCCAACUCUCUGCGUUUUAUCUGCCCGCUGCUGCUGCUUGUUGUUGUGAGCGUCGCUCCUCUGCCCCUCCGUUGCUGGAGGGCGCUUUGCCUCUGACUGUCCAGUAGUAGUGUUCUUCACGAGCUUCCUCCUCCACAGAGGCCGAUCUUGACACCGCAACUCCCUCGUGUGCCACAGUGCCGGCCUUCAUAGGUGCCACUCGCUAACAGCACUUGCCUCGAACAGUCAGUUAAGGGUACACGGGGGAUCACUGUCUUUGGGACCAGAUUUAUGUAAUGUAACAAUUUACAUCGGAUUACACACACAAGGUGCGUUUUAAUUGCCUGAUUGUAUUUUAGUGUGAAGAAUCAGAUGUUUUUUCUUUCAUGAAUUUAUUUGAUGACAGCGGAAUAAACUCAACGCGGAUGUAUGAUAUCUAAUUAAAAAAGAUACGAAAUUUCUACUGUAAAUACCUGUCAAAUUUUGUAAUUCACUUUAAAUCAUAGGGUGACGAUUUUUUCACGUAAAAUGCACCACGGCAAGAUACGGAAGUCGUACGAUGCUUGAAAUAAAAAAAAUAAUGAAA